CUUCCAAACAAACGGCGUUUUGCUGCGCUUCGUAUGCCACAGGCUAAAAUAAAAAUGCGUUUGUAGUCACACGUCUUCUCUGCUUGAAUAUAUAUAUCAUCGCUCAUUGGAAAGCCUUUUAAUACCAUUUGAACAAGAUCCCAGAAGUUAGUUUUCUCAUUUUAAACGUUCCCUUGAGGAAUGCCGACUCAGUGGCUGGCGAUUUGUACAAAAAAGCAAGUAAUGUUAGCUAACGUUUGCUACUAGCUUGCAGUAGCUAACGUUAAACCUCUUAACGUUACUUAAUAGUAGUUAGCCAGGUAGGGACGGUUUAACUAUCGUCGCAUACUGCCGAAAUGAGUAAAUCGAAAGAUGCAUCAGGUGUUUCUCUCAUUCUUGACUACUUGAAUGAAAAAAAUCGACCAUACAGCGCUCAGGAUGUGUUUAGUAAUUUGCAGAAACAGCACGGCCUGGGAAAGACGGCUGUGGUUAAGGCUGUAGAGCUGCUGGCGCAACAAGGAAAGAUUAAGGAGAAGAUCUAUGGCAAGCAGAAGAUAUAUUUUGCAGAUCAGUCCCAGUUCACAGAUGUGAGUGACACAGAACUGAAGGGUAUGGACAAUCAGAUCUCGGAGCUGAACACCCUUGUUCAGACAGUGUCACAAAGCUGUCGACAGCUGGACUCAGAACUGAAAGAGCUCAACAGCUCCCUGACCACAAAGGAAAUGACAUCAGAAAUCCAGGAGCUGACACAGGAGUGUGCCUUGUACAGGGAGCGCCUGGCGAAGAUCAAAUCAGCCACUAACCAUGUCACUCCUGAAGAGAAGGAGAAGAUUCAUAAGGAGCAGAGUCUAUAUGUUAAAGAGUGGAAGAAGAGGAAAAGAUUGGCAACUGAUAUGAUGGGUGCCAUUUUGGAGGGAUACCCAAAGAGCAAGAAGCAAUUUUUGGAAGAAGUUGGCAUAGAAACAGACGAGGAUUGCAAGGUGACAAUGCCAGAUGUUUAAGAGUUCAAGUACGGCAAAAAUUCUGUGUAGAAAUACCUCGCUGGAUUGACUGAACUGUUCAAUCAUAUCCAGUAUGCAAUCUCCACAGAAUAUAGAUUGUUCUACUGUCUUCAUGUUUAUGUUGUAUAUUUUUCUGUUAAAAGUUCAUUUCAGUUGUAAAACAAAACAAAAUUUUCUAAAUGUAUGAAAGGACUUGAUAACUGAUGUCCACGUUAAUUUGCCCUAAUUUUUGCUUCAUAAGUAUUCUGUUUUGAAUGCAAUUUGUCCACCACAGAAACAUCACAAAAUGUUGCAUUGCUAUCAGAACAUGAUGGGCAACAUUUCUCAUACUUUCAAAUGCAAAAUUAAAAAAUUGAAGCCAGCUACAAAACGAAAUAGCUUUCGUACCUUACAUAUUGUUGUAUAUUUUCUGUUGCAUUGCUGUGGUAUGGUAAGCUGUUGUAAACUCACCACUGAGUCAGUGCUAAAUACAUCAAUUGACUGUCAUGCCAACUAAUAAAUGUUAUACAUGAUAAUUA